GGUUUAUUAUUUUUGCUAAUUUUGCACUUAUUAUUGGUUCGGAUUGUUUCUGUAUAGAUUUUUGAAAGAUUCGAGCGUUUUAUGAUAUCGUUAUGAUUUUUUAAAAUUGCAUUUAUUUCACUACGAGUUUUAUCUCCAGUACCGCUGCUACCAGCAAUGUGAGAGCUGGACUGGUGCUUAUGGUAUCUUCAUCUCCCUCAUUUUUACUGAUUAUUAUCCAGCGAUCACAGCUGAGCAACGUGUUUUUCUAUCCGUGCAGAUGGUUCCAGUGUUUUUUGGGAAGCUGUCAGCACUGCUCGCAGAGUGGAGAUUGCUGCUCCGGUUGAGCUGAGAAGCGAGGAGCCUUCGCAGGUUGAGCAGGAUCCUCAGAGUUCGAAUUCCAGUUUUUGGCUGAAGGAUUAAUUUUGCACCUUGACAGUUUUGUCGUGUAGAGAACCAGUUAAUACGUAUACUGUGAUCUGUUUGGUUGUGGUAUGUCGUAGCACGACUAGUUCAAGACCGGAGCGAUGUCCGAUCCUGCAGCAUGCUGCGUGUUGUUGUGUCCUUCUUCGGAGCAGUCGCGUUCCUUGCGCAGCGUGUGCUUUUUCGAUUUCCCGCAUCCGAACGAUCCGCGUUAUCCGAUCUGGAUCGAGCGCUCUUUGCGUGCCAAAGACUGGACUCCUUCUCCAACCAGCAAGAUCUGCAGCAGACACUUCCGCCCUUCAGAUAUCCUCGCGUUGCCGCUCGCUGAUGGGUCUGGACGAACGGAGAAGCGAUUGAAAUACGAUGCGUUGCCAUGCGUUUUCGAAGACCUCCCUCAGUCCAUGCGUCCUCAAACUGACGUUGUGCCACGCGCAGACAGCCCCGAAAUUAUAGAUAUUCCGACCAGUUCGAAGAAGCGCUCUGCCGAUAGCUUGCACGAAAUAACGUGUGAUGAGGUUAAGAAAGAAACGGAGGAUUUUGUCAGUGCUUCAGAUGCAGCUGCCGAGGUAUCUACGGAUGUGAAAUCGAAUUUUUUGCAAGGAGACCUUAAGGCACUGUGGAGUGACUCUACAAGUGCGCGUCCGACUGAGCCUGUCAAUUCGUCGGUCGUGAUUCCAAGCGCUAAAAAACCUAAAAAGGACGUCAUGCACGAAGUAACGUCUGAUGAGGUUAAGAGAGAAACGGAUGAUUCUGUCAUUGCUUCGGAUGCAGUUGCCGAGAUAUCCACGAACGUGAAAUCGAAUUUUUCGCAUGAAAAUCUGAAGGCACUGUUGAGUGACUCUACAAGUGCGCGUGCGACUGAGCCUCUCAGUUUGUCGGCCGCAAUUCCAAGCGCUAAAAUAGCUAGACAGGAUCCUUCUCCUGUCGUCACAGACGUGUUACCAAAUUUUUCGCAUCCGAAUCUGAAAGAACUGUUGAAUAACCCUCAAAAUACGAAUGCUACUGGUUCUGUUAGUUCGCCAGUCGCAAUUCCAAGCACAGCCGGACUUUUUCCUCCGGUUAUUAGCAGUUCAAACCCCAUCCCAAUGCCUUCCGUUUGUGCGCUAGCUCAGAAGAUUGUCGACGGACGACUCAUGGUUAUGCAGCACUGCGCACAGCACAUUCCUCCGGAUUUUCCUGCCUUCACGAACGCCGACGAAGCGCGAAACUGCUGUGUUCCCGGUUGUCGUAUUGACCGCAAUAAUAAUCUACAGGGGAGAAUUCGCUUUGAAGCGUUUCCCACGGAUCUGCGCUUGCGGGCCGAAUGGGUCAAGUGGGUGGCGUUUUCCGGCUUCUGGCAGCCGGCUCCGUAUUCUGUCGUGUGCAGUCUGCAUUUUCUCCCCUCGGACUACGAUUAUAUUGGCACGGUAUUGUGUCUGAAACCGACAGCGAUUCCCGUGCAUACGGGAUGCCGGAAUGGACUGAUGCGGAAGUUGAAUGGACCGUGUCCGUUCAGUAGGGUGUGUGCCAUCUGCGGAUGCUGGCGAGCGAUCAAGCAGACAAUCUAUCACUAUAAAUCUGCGUCGCGAUUGGCAUUUAUUCCGUUUCCCCAAGAGCCGAACCAGCGACAGAAGUGGUUGGCUGCCUGCUCUGAAGCUCCGGGGGAGAAUGCACUGUAUGCCUGCGAACGGCACUUUGUCCCGGCUGACAUCGUGACCCGGUUUGAGCAACUGGGAGAAAUGAAGUUCGUGCUACGGAGGCGGAAUGACAUCCUGCCAUGCCCCAGCCAGCUGUUAUGCUCGCUACCUGUGGAAAAUCAAGUUCGACCGCCACCGGUUAACUUACAGAUCAACGUUAGUCCACGGCUUUUCCCUCUGAAUACCACCAACAAUAGCCAGGUGAGGUCAGUGGCAAAUGUAUUUAUUGAGGCGGUUCUACAAAGUCCACCUUCCGGAACCGUUCCGGCGACUCCGUCCUCUGUACUGAUACGGUCUGCAGCUAAUUCUGUCAGCGUGGGCGGUGCUACCUUCAUGCCGAGUCCUAAUCAGACGGCACUUCCGGUUGUUGCUUCUCCGAUUGUGCCUCCACCGACUGAUCAAGUAAAACCUGGAUCCUCCAGAAAUGCUCAGUUAGAAGAUGCUGCUGCGUCUGCUAAACCGCCACCGCAUCCGGUGGAAGAAGCGAAUAUAGUGUGUUGUGUGCCGGGAUGCCAGAAUGUGUGCCAGUCAAAAAGGCAGCAUAUAUAUUUACCAGGGAAACCGAUAUUUUUCCCGUUCGUUGGGGUCGGUGAUCCGCGUUACAGAACGUGGACACAGCGAUUGCGGUACAACUCAUCUUGGAUUCCAGAUUCUAGCGAGAGAAUUUGCAGCGAUCACUUUAACCAGUCCGAGAUCGAAUCCAGUAAGAGCGAUGCUUCUCUCGUGAGAAAAGCUCUGCCCAGUCAGCUGUCGUGCAUGGCUUCAUUAUGCGGGUUUACCGCAGCAGAUAUGGCUACCGGAGCAAUUGGUUGUGCUGCGUGCGGCUUGCGUCCACCAGUUGACAGACAGCCGAAAGCAUCAGAAAAGCUGAUGUUUUUUCGCGCGCCUCCGUCCGCGUUGGAUGCAUUAUGGAAAAAAUGGGUGGAUUUUUGCAAUCAACGGCGGAAUGACAUCGACUGGACAUUAAUCGGGGCGGAUACGCCGUGGUACCUUUGCGAAAAUCAUUUCGAAGGACAGUACAUAGAAGCGGCGGAAGGACUUGGCUCCAUCGUUAGCAACAGUGAGGCAGUCCCGUCAUGGACCUAUUCGCUGGACGUUAACUACACCGACCCGAAACUGGCGACAUCUACCUCGUACUUGUAUGGCCAUUUCCUGCUUCGGAAAGGAGUUUUCUGUUGCGUUCCGGGAUGUGAAACUAUCUUGAAGAAAAAGGAUUCGGUCGCAGGAAAAUUUUUUGAGUUUAUUCCACCGACUGAUGAACGGUAUUGUGACUGGUUGCGCAUGGUGCGAUACAAUGUUUCUUGGGUUCCAGAACGACGAGCCAGAAUCUGUCUGGAACACUUCCCUGCAUCGGCAAUUAAGCUGAAAUGUCGUAAGAAAGGGUCUCAAAAGUCAGCGUGCCUACUGGAUUCAGCUUUUCCCACUCAGCUUUCUUGCAUGGAAUCUUUGUGCUCGUUCACACCGGCAGACUUGAUGGCGGGGAAAGAAGGUUGUGCUGUUUGCGGUCUGCGGCCGUUUGCAUCCCACCGGCGGCUGAAAACCUCGGAGAAGCUGGAGUUCUACCGAGCACCUUCGGGCGAAAUGAGGGAGAAAUGGAUUGAAUUUUGCAAAUCACAGAGGAACGAUAUUGACUGGACAUCGAUUUCGGAGAAAACACCGUGGUUUCUCUGUGAGAAUCAUUUUGAAGCACAGAAAGCAGUUCCUUCCGUUCCGUUUUCCAUAUACAUUAAACCGAGAGAUUUGGAAUCUGCUGCAACCGCGCAAGGAGAAUUAGCUAAAAUGCAUGAAAGAAAAAGAAAAAAGUGUGCGCCUGUCUGUUGCGUGCCGGGAUGUCGGAAAUAUGCGUGGAACGAAAUUCCAUCGCCCCCGAUAAGCUUUUACCAUUUCCACAAUGGUUAUAUAGCAAAGGUGAAUCGGAGCGAAUGGAUCAAUCGAAUUCGUUGUUCCGUUUUAUGUCCAAUUAAAAAUGUUUUAAUUGUUAUUAAUGUGGCGUACGAGUGUUGUGCUGUCUGUUCUUUUUUUUUCAUUUUACGCCCACAUCCUGUUUUCCCAGCGCCAGCAUGGCACCGAUCGGUGUUAGAGUUCAUCGCUGCUUGCACCGCAGCUCAUUUCAGUUUUGCCAAGCUAGCGUGCAGUUGCAAACUUUUCUUUACCACCCGCCACACCCGACUUGUUUUGUGUUCUGUUAUUUGUCUAAAGCCAAAUAAAGGGGGUUUGAGGUGCAGGGAAAGGAAACCGGCAAGCGCGCACACCGGCAGGUGCGCAGGCGCGCACAUACCAGGUGCGCAAGCGCGUACACACCAGGUGCGCAGCCGGAGCUUCACCGAUUCCCAGCCGAGAACUUCCACAUGCCCACUUCGCUCUCCCGCCAUGGUAAAAGAUACAUGAGUAGCAACACAUUAAUGGACACCUAAAGCACGCGAUGUAGUGUGCAGUCGACAUUUUUCUCCGGAAGAUUUCCGCAGAACAACCCACGACCAGCCGGCGAAAGCCAGAUGCUUAAGAGCGAACGUCGUGCC